AUGUACUUCGUAUUCACAAUCUUCGCCUUCAUCACGCUUGCGGCUGCUCGACCGCUCGGCGAACAAGUAUCAUCGAACUUCAGCCACCUCGACGUCUUCUAUCACUCCCCGGACGCUAGGGUGCAUGGUGAUGGAAAAGUCGUACACAUAGACGUUGGUGAAAGCAUCGAUCCUCACAAAACUACGAUGAAAUUCAGUCGUACUUUUGCUGGAGCACAUUUUGGUAGUGCCCACAAACUUCGACACCGCCCAACCACAACGACCAUUGCGACCACCUCACGAUCCCGAACUGUCACAUCAUUAACUACUGCGUCAACAAUCAUCACAGUGCCAAACGGCACCACCCCAAUAAUCACCACAACCACCGAACCCGCCGAGGACCAGACAUCACCCCCAACGACGUUCACUCCCAUCCGAACAACCACCACCGAACCAGAGCGCAAUGUAUCAAAACCUGAAAACGACACUGUCGUCAUACAACAACUUAUGGAGCAGAACAGUAGAUUAAUGGAUUAUAUCUCCAGACUUAAAACGAAUCAAACAUCCACACUCGAUCAAAAUGGAUAA